GGCUCCAGGAAGCCACCGGCGGCAUCGGGAGAUACGAAGGGGAGGCAGCCCGCGGGGUGGCAGCUCCCGGCCCGCCGCAGCCAUGGGCUCCCCGCAGAGCCCGCCGCUCGCCCACGUCUUCAAGGGCACCUUCGUGCACUCCAGCGCCUCGGCCCCGCUGGAGAUCCUGCCCGGACAUCUCCUGGGGGUGGAUGAUAACGGGACAAUUGUGUUUGUGGAACAAGCUGAUCAGCUAGAGCAACUGGCUAAGACGUGGGGAUUCAAAACAUCUGACAUAAGACAACUGAGUAAACAUGAAUUCUUCAUGCCAGGAUUGGUUGACACACAUAUUCAUGCCCCUCAGUAUGCAUUUACUGGUACAAGAGUAGACCUGCCUCUGUUGCAGUGGUUGACUUCCUACACAUUCCCAACGGAAGCCAAAUACCAGGACAAUGGUUUUGCAGAAGAAGUGUACACCAGAGUUGUUAGACGAACUCUGAAGAAUGGCACGACUACAGCUUGCUACUUUGCAACAAUUCACACUGAUAGUUCCCUUCUUCUCGCUGAAAUUACAGAUAAAUUUGGUCAACGAGCAUUUGUUGGAAAAGUCUGCAUGGAUAUGAAUGACUGUGUGCCACAAUACAGAGAGAUCACUGCUGACUCUGUCCAAGAGACAGAAAGGUUUGUUACAGAACUACUGGAAAAGAAAUAUCCCAGGGUGCAGCCUAUAAUAACCCCCCGCUUUGGCCCCUCCUGCACAGAGGACUUGCUGAAUGCCCUUGGGGAUUUAGCACAAACCCACGAUCUCCGUGUGCAGAGUCACAUAAGUGAGAAUGAAGAAGAAGUGAAACUUGUGGAGAGCAUGUUUCCUACCUACCAGAAUUACACUGAACUGUAUGAUAAAAAUAAGCUGCUAACCAGCAAGACAGUGAUGGCUCAUGCCUGUUACCUUUCUGAAGAAGAGCUGAAACUUUUUAGUCUUCGUGGAGCUGCAAUUUCACACUGCCCAAAUUCUAACUUUUCGUUGUGCAGUGGUGUCUUAAACGUGCGAAAGGUUCUCGAACACAAUGUGAAGCUUGGUCUUGGCACGGAUGUUGCUGGUGGAUAUUCAGCUUCUAUGCUUGAUGCUAUAAGAAAAACAAUGAUGGCAUCUAAUAGCCUUCAGAUCAAUAAAGUGAAUGGAACAGGAAUAACUCUUGAAGAAGCUUUUCAGCUUGCCACUCUGGGAGGAAGCCAAGCUCUAGGACUAGAUGAUGUGAUUGGAAACUUUGAGGUGGGAAAGGAAUUUGAUGCACUGCUAAUCAACACGAAGGCUUCAGACAGCCCUUUUGACUUGUUUUCUGCUGAUGAUUUUGAGGAUGCACUCCAGAAGUUCCUGUAUCUAGGUGAUGAUCGGAAUAUUUCUGAAGUGUAUGUGGCUGGAAAGCAAGUGGUUCCUUUUUCAAGUUCUGUAUAAAUUUUCCUCCAUUUUCCUUUUGCAAAAUACUCAGCUGGUCAUUCUGCAUCUGAUUUGGAAAAGAUUGAUUAAACACAGUGCCUGAUCAUCAAGAAUGACACCUCACUUUUGGAUAAGGUUUCAAAAUUUCAAACAUUGAAAAUUUUAUUAGACCUUUCAAGAAUUAUUUUACCAAAAUUUUCAUAGUUCUAGAGGGAACGGCUAUAUAAAUUUCUUUGUAAAAAUAGCAUUUGAUAAGGGAUUUGAUAAAUACCUAUUUAAAGAGGACACCUGCUGCUCUGUUUAAUAACAGUAUAGAAAACAUUAUGUGGAACAAUGAGAUGCUCAUUGUCUAUAGGAAUUUUAAAAACCCCCAGUGCUUGUAAAUUGAUUUUGCAGGUAAUGAAUAUCAUGGAAAAAAUGCAAUUUCUGUAGUAUUAUCAUCAAGUAUGGAAAAAUCAGUGUCAUUUUGGAGAAUGUAGUUUUUCCUAGGAACUUAAAAAAAAAUUAAAACAUUUUUUUAAAUGGGAGUUAAGUAAGUGUGUGUUGAUAAAUAAAUAAGGGUCCUUAUCAAAGAGUUUAGAAUUGUCAUUUGUAGUCAGACACUCCACUGAAUUACCACAAUCUGAAUUACCACGGCUGAAACUUCUGUUAAAUUAGAAGCAGGCACUAAGAUAUCUCUGCAGGCUACAUGAUGGCAAACAAAUUAAGAGGCUUUUCUGGACUAGAGGGAGUGCUUCAUCAAGUUCAGCAUCCUGCAGAAUCUUCCCAAACUCAUUUGCUCCUGACUGUUCAGACAGGAUGAUAUCAUGUCCCUUCUCUUUUCUGUAAGGGAAGUGAGUGCAUUUAAAAAAUUUCCAAGAGAAAUGGUCUCUUUCUGGCCAUUCCUACCUUUGACUUGAGGUGAAAAUCAUCACUGAAAAAAGCAACUCAGCUUUACUGUGCUCAUUGUGUUUUUCAAUGUGGCAGCCAUAAUUCUAGUCCUGUACAAUUCCACAAUUCCAGGUUAAAAAUAUACCCUUUUUGUUUUAGAAAUCUGUGUGACUUCCUUUCCUAAACAGGCAUAUUUUCCUGCUCUUUUCUGAGCUUUUUUUAAAAAUUUUUUUUUAUUUUUAUUUUAUUUGUUUGAUGAGGGGAUUUCUUCUUGUUCCUCUGUUAUAUUUUUGCAACACAAGGAAUGUAAGCUUUAAUUUCAGAGUGAUUAGAGACCAAUAUUGUAUGUAGACACUGUAAACAUGUGUUGAAUAUGGUUUUAAGGCCUGCUUCAAACUUCUUUGAUUUCACUAAGCCUUGUUUCGCACUUUUAUCUCACUGCCUGGGGAUAUAGGACUUACCUCUGUUCACAAGACAAGGGAGGUCACUGCACCAAAGUCUCACUUCAUGCCUACUUCAGAGAGAGUGCUUGGCCCAACGCCACUCAUAAUGUUCUGAUUUUGAAAUAAUUUUCAGAGCUUAUGUAUUGUUAUGAUUACGCCUACAUAAGACAGCAUAGCAUCAAGGGGAAGUGUAACAGCAAAUUCGGGCACUUAGACCAGUACAGUCUGUUCCAUGUGGUUUUUUUGCCAAAGCUGAGGGGCAGUACCAAACAGCAGGGAAUAACCAGCAGGUGUCUUGCAGACAUCACUUGAAUGCAGCCUUGCACUAAGAGCUUGCUCGGGUAUCUUCCAGGGUGCUGCACUGUGCUUGCUGAGGUACAGCCUUCCUAUCCAUUAUGUUCAAAGACUUCUAAGCUUUAGGAGUCCAGAUCUAAGGAUUAAGAUUUACACAUUCCAUCAGGGUGUUUUCUCAACCAUUAUGUUUUUCAGGUGUCCCAAUCACCUACACAGUAGCACUCUUGUUCAGCAAGUAACAGCCUUCAGCUCUUUAACUUGGUUUCCUGAUUCAGUGACUUUUUUUCUCAUGAACUUUGACAUGAAUUUAAUUGACCAAAUUUCACAUUUCAAAACCAAAGAACUGUGAGACACAUGUUUUAAUCCUCCCAUUACUGUUUGAAACUAUUUUUAGGGAAUUACAUGGGUUUCAGCUUUGGCUUUCCUGUGGUGGAGAAAAAUCACACAGUCUUGUGUACAGUGUAUGCUAGUGCCCUACUUCUUUGCCUCCAGAGCUAUGAAUUAAAUCAAUGCUUUUAUUUUAGUGGUAGUCUUAACUGUCUCUGACUUAAUUGUUUUCCCAUUAUUUUGUAAUGUUUUUAAGAAAGGGUUUCAGCAUUUCUUCUUAAAAUAAAUAUCUUUUGGGGGUGGAGAGGUUGCUUAUUUGCAGUCUGAGAACACACUAAAACUUUAACAAAUUCAGGACUACACUGCUGGCCCCAAAGGGACUCUCUAGGAUAACUGCUGCCAGUGAGCUUUGUAUCUGAAUUUUUACUGGGUCAUGAGCAGUUUGACUCUUGUUAAAUUCAGGGAUAAGGUAGGAACUCAUCUUUUUAUUAUAGUUUUUCUAAUGUCAAGUAUCCAGACAUUACGAGACUGAGUAAUGGAAAAUCACCUUUCAAAGAGUCUCAGAUGGAGGAGGAACUCUGCCUGCAGGUAGUGCCAUGGGCUGCCUGCAGCACUCUGCAAUGCCCAAGACCAGGAGGAGCAAGGCCCAGGAUGGACAGCAAUACAAAAAAUGCUGAAGUCAAGUUUAGGGGUAAAGGAAAGAAGUCUGAAUUUGAUGUUGGAGGAGGCCAGUGGAAGAAUUAAUAUAAGAAAUAAAAUGAGGAUCUUUUGACAGCAACAUUUAGGUAGAACUGAAUGGAGAAAAAAUGUGCUGCCAGAAAAGUUAAGUGGGGUUAUCUGAAGCAGUCCCAAAAGCUUGUUCAGUGGAAGACGGCUUAUGCACACAGAUUUUAAGAUUUUAGGUCAUAAAAAGAAUGUAGUAGUCAGAAUUCUCUGAUGUAAUUUAGAGGAAAUUAUUCACUAAGGUUCACUAAGUAUCCCACUGUGAAGUUUUGGUUCUUGAGACUCUGCCUGUGUGUAGAUUGCCAAGAUGUUUGUUUUGGUAGGAGAGGGUCAGUGGAUAAAUGUAGUUACUGCUGGGACUUACACCUCUACACCACAUGCAGCUCAAGACUACAUAUAUUCUGCUUCCUUGGAUAGAUGCCCCUACUGCAUAUGCACUUUGAAGCAGUCAAGCAAUGAGUUCGGGUUCUUAGUGUCUCUUUUAGAGGCUGGAGUAUAUUUGGAAGGCAGCUAGUGUAGUUUCCUCCAAAACAAGCUUAAUUCUUGUAUACCAAACCACCCUGCAAACUGAACCUAGGUUCAAUAAGGGAGAAUGAUUGGGAAUUUAGAACAACACUAUUGUCUCAAACCAGAUGCUAAUGGAGGCUAGAACUUGAACUAUCCCCACUCUGUCCUCAUCCCGUCACAGAAUUUAGCAGCUGGAUACAAAUUGCAGCAACAUUCUUCCACCUUCUUCCCUUUUCUCCAAUACCACCCCUUUCCCACCCCCCCGCCCAAAAAAAAACCAACCAAAAAACACGUAAACCUUAAAAUGAAACAACUGAACACUAUGGGGAUAUGAGUAUGUGGAAGAAAAUAAAGGAAUAAUUUUUAGUCAGUAUAAAUUGACAAACACGACAGUAUAUAUUGACUGAUUAAAGAUAAAACCUCUGGAAAAAUGUACAUUCAACAGAUUCCAGAUGUCUCUCCCCACAAGUUCUCUUACCUGAUGGUGGAUGAGAUCUUUCCUUCUUAAUAUGUCUUUAUGUUCAGUGGUAGCACACCAUGCAGACAAAGGAAAAAAAGGGAAUUUGUGUAGAGCUUGCUUGUUGGGACAAUAUGCUUAUUGUGGUCUAUGGUCAGAUGAGCACUUAUUUAUUAUAAAUAGAAUGUAUUUGAAUUACUGUUAUAUGUUGAUCUCAUUGUGUCACUUUAGGUUUUGAAAUACUAGUAGGAAUUGCCUAUGCAUUAUGCAGCAUUAUUUUAAUUAUUCAUGUGUGGUAAGUGGAGUUCUGCACUUUAAAAUGUUGCCUUGGCCUAAUGUUUAUAUUUAUGCUGUAUUUUUGUGCAAUCCUAAGGUUUUGUAGGGGGAAAAAUGUGUAUUUUUUCACUGUACUGAAAUGAUCAGUAAGUCAGCUUUCUUUUAGAAAAGGGAACUUCAAAAUUACACUGUCCAAAAGUCUGUGCCUGAUUAUACAGCCAUGAAAGGAAAAUGGUUUUAUGAACUUGAAUAAUAACAUUUAAUGUAAAUAGAAAUGCAGAUAAAUAGGAUUUUUUCAAAUAUAAUUAUGAUAAUGCAAUGCAAGUUAGGAAAAGGUAUUACCAUUGAAUAGCUACAGUUUUAUUGAGCAAAAGAGAACAUAGUUAUUCUUGAUAAUUAAUUUGAAAAGAAUACUUAAGUCUUGAAAAACAAUAAGCCCAAGUUCUUUCAAAGAGUAUCCCAGUUUUAAAAGGAAAAGGUAUUAAUGUCAUUACAAGCUGUUUAAAAAUAUUAUUUAAAGUGUUUCCAGGAACAAUCUGUAAUGGAUGAUAAGGUGGACAUCUUUUAAAGUUCUGGAUUUUCAUGAAUAAACUAUGCUGCCUUAUUUGCAGCCCAGAAUGUGUUAGGAGUCAACUUACCUGUAAAUUUAUAGUGUAGGGUCACAGAAUGAGCUGAUUUGGAAGGGAUCCUCAAGGGUCAUUGUAUCCAGCUCCUGGCCCAACAUAGUACCAUCCCCAAGGACAGGGAAAAAAUGAAUUACAGAAGACAUUUGAAAAGACUGGCAGCAGAAUGCAAAAUACUGCAAAGUAGGAAGGAUAGAUCAGAGGAACUCAUAAAAAGAAGAUGGCAUGUCAGUGAAAUUUUAGGUGUGAAAUGCUCCAUUAAAAAAAAAUACGUUCCCAGGUAAUAUUCUAUUACAUAAUGGAUGUCAUUCCUUCUAAAAGUCAUUCGAUCCAAAACCUGACCAGGUUUCCAAAGCAGUUGCUUACAUGCUUAAUAAUACAAACCCAAGUACCUGCUCAUGGCAUAAUUACAUAACCCUUCACAAUUUCUAGAUCUCUGCUCCAAGAUUUAAAUCAAAAUUACCUGUAACAGUUCCAGAAGAAACAUAAUGUAAAGACAUAUUUUGUUUUAUCAACACCUCUCCGGUCAAACAUAUAGCACUGGUCAGAACUUAAUUAGCCUGGUCCCAGUGAAGAAUUCCUGUUCCUGCAUGCCCCAGACAUCAUGUACCUGGUGAUGCAGUGAUAACUGAGUCCAGACACAGGGUCUGGUGUGACUGAAGCAGCUGAAUACAAACUGUUUUAAACUGUUUAGAAAUUAAGCUCAAUGCUGAGAUCACAGCACAUUUUAAAUUACACAAUCAUAUAUCAAGUACUGAGCUUCUACAUACUAGGACUUCAGCUUAAAGCUGUGAGGUUUUUAAGCCCUUGCACUAUAUGUGCAACAGCUCAUGGUUCUCUUAACAGAGAAACCAGCAAAUGACAUCCACAAGGUAUGAAAAAAAGUAACAACAAAAUCAACAAAUACCAUUCUUGUUAAGCCAGAAGGACGUCAGCAACAUUAACAACAAUCUGUUUAUCAAAGUUAAUAGAACUAUUAGUUUAUGUGGCAAGCUGAGCAAUGCUUUUGGGAGGCAGUUUCCCAGAAAUUUCCGUGGAAAUUCUUUCUUAGAAAGUGCCUAGAAUCAGUGUGCUGCAAAGGUCCCUUGUGGCUUCUGCAGAGGCAAUCACUUCUGCAGAAGUGCAUGCAUUAUUAGUCAUACCUAGACCCUCAUUUCUUUACCCUGUCAUGAAUCAGAAGUGCAUAAUAGCUUAAAUUCUGGCAUUGGUUUGUGGUUUCUCAUAGACUUAGUCUUAGUUUGAAAAUCACUAUGCUAAAGGAGUGGAGCUGGGAGAAGGACAAGGAUAAAGGGCCUUACACAGCCUGCCUGAUGCUUCAACACAAAAUAUUUGUCCCACUAGGUAGGUGUUAUGUUUAUACAGCUCUCAGUGAUUUGGCUUAAUGACUUGAGUCAAUUCAAAACAAUUAAACUCAGUCAAGGCUAGGACAAAAACUGUGAGUAGCUGACAAACACAUAAAAAUGUUUUACCAUGAGCUGUAUUUAAGUCAUCAUCAGCUCUCCUUAGCCAAGGGCUCCUAGGCAUAUUUAGAUACAAAAAACUCCCUGGAGAUAAGCCUGCAGGAGAAAAGGACAGUUUUGGUGACAACUGAAGGCUGUAAACUGCAUCCUCUAUGGCCCUUUGGCUUUGGAGCUGGGUUGUAUACUCCUCUAACAACUUUUACAGAUGAAAUUUUUAGAUAGCAUUAGCAUGUGCUCCUUACCUGAGGAUGUUUGCAUCACUUGCUUCAAGACAAAUUUUCUUUCCCCAAAGGAGAGUUCACAUCUUGCUGGACUAAGUUUUUCGGAUGCUGAUUUGUCUGCUUGUCACCUGUUGCGCAUAAGCUGUGGUACAUGUGAAAAUGCCUAACUGGAGUUAAUGUUGUUGAUUUUACCCUUCCUUUUCUACUUGUGCAGUUUCAAGGAAGAACAAUGUAUAAGGAGAAAUAGUAUAUACGAUUUCUGCUGUUCUGCUUGGUUUUGGUCAUGCUAAAUAGGAAGUCGUGUACUGUUGAAACAAAAUAAAGAGGCCUUGUGUUUUACAUCAA